AUGGCAUUGAUAGAAUAUGAAAAAGAUGGGAAUUCAGUUGGAUAUAGUUGUUUUGGAAGUUUAAUCAAUAACCGAUAUGUUUUAACAGCAGCGCAAUGCAUAGGCGGCCUACCCAUAAAUUGGAAGCCGUCUCGAGUUCGUUUAGGUGAAUGGAACGCUUCAACAGAUCCAGACUGUGAGGUAGACACUCGUGGUAUUAAGAACUGUGCUGAUCCUUAUAUUGAUGUUACAAUCGAGAAAGUAAUUCCUCAUGAAAAAUUUGUAUAUUCAUUUAGUAGGCCAGAGAACGAUAUAGGCUUGAUACGUUUAUCACGUAACGUAGAUUAUACCGAUUAUAUUCGACCAAUUUGUUUGCCACUUAAAGAUAUCCUUAAGGAAUCAGCAUUUGAAGGACACAAAAUGUAUAUUUCUGGUUGGGGAAUACCUGCACAUGGAAUACGGAGAAAUGUUAAACGUAAAGCUGAAGUUCCAGUUGUACCGUUAAAUGAAUGUAAAAGGAUUUAUAGCCAAAAAAGAGCCGAUAUAGGAACCUCAGAAAUUUGUGCUGGUGGUCAAAAAGGUAUUGAUUCUUGCCGUGGUGAUGCAGGUGGACCUCUUAUUGGAUUGGAUUCUUCUAAUAAACAGCGAUUUUACAAUUUCAUAGCUGGAAUAGUUUCAUUUGGGGCAUCUCCGUGUGGACAGCAAGGCUGGCCAAGUGUUUACACAAGAGUCGGUUAUUAUGUUGAUUGGAUUCAGCAAAAUAUUGAACCUUAA